UAAUGUUUGUCACCAAAGAAACGAGAUGAAAUCUGCCGAGAAUUUACCCGUUAGAACAUAAUGUGAGUGUUUUUCUGGUUAUCUCUGACCUUAUGCUGCAGUCUGGAUGCAAACGGGUGGUUUAAUGAACCAACCAGUCAACUAACCAGGAUGAAGCUGCGGGUUCGGAUCAACCGGCAGAACAGCAGGGUGGAAUUGCCAGGCGAGGAGCCCACCCUGCAGGAACUCUCGGAUCUCAUCAAGCAGACGCUGCUGUCCGAUCAUGGACUCGGCACCGACACAGAGUUCAGUUUGUCUCUGAACGGCUCAGAGCUCCUCUCAGAAUCCGGUCAGACUCUGUCAUCCUGUGGAAUCGUUUCUGGGGAUCUGAUCUGUGUCCUUCUGCCGCAGCCGCCACCUGCUGCCAUGGCAACCUCAGAAAGGACCACAAGCUCCACAGAAACAAACAGCCAGGAGGAUACCAACAGGACCACUAGCCAGGACAGCAGCAGCAGCCGUCAGUCGCUUCAGGCCUGCAACAUGCAGAGCUGUUCAGCAGCGCCCCCUGUCUGGGAGCCCAUGCUGUGCAGCGAGGCAGAGAACGGUGAGGCUCCUCUGUCCCUGGAGCUGCUCUACCACACGGCCCAGACCAGCAGCCCCAACGACGCCAUCAUGGUGGUAGCGCAUCUCCUCAUGCUGGAGACUGGCUUCUCCACUCAGGGCAGCGAGCUGAAGCCUGGGGAGAUGCCUGCAGGGUGGAGGUCUGCGGGGGGAGUCUACAGGCUGCAGUACACCCAUCCUUUAUGUGAAAACAGUCUGGUGUCGGUGGUGGCCGUGGGCAUGGGCCCCCUGCUGGUCCUUAACGUGGUUCUGAAGGUUCCUGAAACCAUCGACACGGCUCAGAAGCUGCUGCUGAAGCCGUCCAGCUACGUGACUCGAGAUUGGCCAGGAGAAAAUGCAGCCGCGGCUUUCAAGAAUCUGAAGAAACUUUCCCGAAUCUUCAAAGACCAGCUGGCGUACCCGCUGAUCGCUGCUGCAAGAGAAGCGAUGGCGCUGCCGGUGGCGUUCGGUCUGCAGGCUCUCCCUCCUGAGCUGCUGCUCCGGGUCCUCCGCCUGCUGGACGUCCACUCCCUGGUCAGACUGUCGGCCACCAGCUGGCACUUCAGCGCCGCGUCAUCUGACUCCACCCUCUGGAAACAUCUGUACUUGCGGGACUUCUCUAGUUCAGUUCCCGACCUACCCAGAGAGACAGACUGGAAACAGCUUUACAAAAAGUCCUACAAAACCUGCUUAGACGUACAACAUCACAUUCGUCCCUACUCCCUGCCGCCCUUCCCCAUACGUGACAUCAUCACCACGGUGCCCCGUCCCCUCUUCCCUCCGCUGCCAGGGAUCAUCGGGGGCGACUACGACCAGCGACCAAACCUCCCACGCAACCUUCUGCGACCUCGCCACGACCCCAUCGGCCCGCUUGUGGAUAUCUCCUCAGGACAUCCAGGACGACCCCGUCUGGAUUUCCGCAGACCAGGAGGAAGAUCGGCAAACAUCCGGAGAGGAUUCAUCUGAGGGUCGCUUCCAGAACUGAACAAUAAAAACACAACAAAACAGUUUAUUAAAGUCUGUUUGGUUCUGAAGCUCCAAAGAUGAGGCUGAAAAUACAUUAAAAUGGAUUUCAGGUUUCAGAGACCUGAAUGUUUCCACUAAGACGACACAAAUCUCUAAAUGUCUAAAAAUGAAAGAAAAUUUACUUUAAAAAAAAAAAAAAAAGAA